AUGAGUGUCCUCCCAGGUAUCACCGAGGUCCAGAUCAUCCAGUGGUAUGUCGAGGAAGGGGCGCACAUCGAGGAAUGGAAACCUCUAUGCCAGUAUCAAUCAGACAAGGCCGUGGACGAUGCACUUUGUGACAUCGAAGUCGACGAUGCCAAGUACACCGACGAUAAUCCGCCGCACGAGUCCAGAGCAGACACGGCGGAGCCGACACCCUCAUCAGGUGUAGCGGCCGCGAUACAAGCCGCAGAGUCUUCGCUGCCUGAGACUCCAGAACGCGAAAUUUCUACAAAAGAAAAGGAACCGUCUAGGUCGAAGCACGCGUCUCUCGCAACUCCAGCCGUCCGCGGGCUCUUAAAGAGCCACGACAUCAACAUCCUCGAUAUAUCCGGCACCGGCAAAGACGGCCGCGUACUGAAAGAGGACAUCCUGAACUUUGUGGCAGCAAAGGAUUCUCCCGCAGCACCACCACCAACGGCGGCUCAGCCGGUCCCAGCGCCAGACACGCGGCAAACGGAGUCCGUGGUCAAUUUGACCCCGAUCCAAUCCCAGAUGUUCAAGACCAUGACCCGAUCCGUGAACACGCCACACUUUCUGUACGCGGACGAGCUGCGCAUUGAUGAGAUUUCUGCCAUCCGUAAAAGGCUCGCGAGCGACACCCGUGACCCCAAGAAGAUCACUUUCCUGUCCUUUGUCGUGAAAGCCGUAUCCUUGGCUCUGAACGAGUACCCCCUUCUUAACGCCCGGGUAGACCCGAGCGUCCCUGAGAAACCCAAGCUCGUCAUGCGCGCGAAGCACAAUAUCGGGAUUGCAAUGGAUACACCACAAGGCCUGAUUGUCCCGAACAUCAAAGAUGUCGCGAGUCGAUCCAUCGCCGACAUUGCCGCCGAGGUCUCGCGACUCAGCGCACUCGGCAAGAGUGGGAAACUGACACCCGCUGAUCUGAGUGGUGGCACCAUCACCGUCUCAAAUAUUGGUAACAUCGGCGGCACGUACGUGGCCCCCGUCAUCGUGCCGACGGAGGUGGCUAUUCUGGGCGUGGGCCGCGCGCGUACUGUUCCAGUGUUUGAUGCGACGGGCCAGGUCGUUGCCAGUGAGCAAGUGAAUUUCAGCUGGAGCGCAGAUCACCGGGUUGUGGAUGGUGCGACAAUGGCCAGGAUGGGCAACCGAGUGCGUGAACUGAUUGAGGUGCCCGAACUCAUGCUGCUGAAUCUGCGGUAG